AUGCCUCUCAUCUACGGACUUGUGGCGUACGGCCGCACGGUGCUGGCUGAGUACUCCCCCAACACUGGCAACUACCUGGACAUUGCGCGCCAGCUGCUGCGGGAGGUGCCCCUCCACGCGCACAAGAAGAGCUAUGCCGCCAAGAACAUGGUCUUCCACUACAUGGUCGACGACAACGGCCUCAUCUUCAUGUGCAUGGCGGACGCCAACGCGGGGCAUCGGGUGCCCUUCCUAUUCCUGGACGACGUGCGCACCAAGUUUCUCACCCAGUUCGGCCGCGCCUAUCAAAACGCGCGGGAGAACGGCCUCGACGACGCCUUCAGCCGCACCAUCCGCGAGCAAAUGAAUUAUUACAACACGUCGCCCGACGCGGACAAGGUCAAGCGAGUCAAGGACGAGAUCAACCAGGUGAAGGACAUCAUGAUCCAAAACAUCGACAGAGUGCUCGAGCGUGGAGACAAGAUCGAGGUCCUCGUCGAGGAGACCGACAAGCUUCAGACGCGGUCGUACGCCUUCCAGACGAAGAGCGCCCAGCUGAAGCGAUCGCUGUGGUGGAAGAACACCAAGCUGUGGUGCUGCAUCCUCGGCAUCUUCCUCCUCAUCGUGGCCGUCAUCGUGGUCAUCCUCCUCAUCUACUUCGGUGUCGUCAAGAAGUCGUUCUGA